CCAAAUACCAUAAUGUGACUUUGAACAAGACCUGGACAAUAUCAGGCAUGCGCCUCGUCACGCAUCAAUGACGGCAAGAAAUUCCCCGCAAGUAACGGUUCACCUCCUCCUCUUUUAAGAGAGAUGAGUUCCCGACGCGAGUGGAGGCGUCUUCCUCCUUGAUACUCACCUAAGCUCCGUUCCGUUCAGCAACUCCUUCAGAUCUGCGGGUUCAUUACUGACUAUCAAUUUUUCAAUUGCUGAUUAUAUUCAUUGACUGUCAAAAUGUCUCCUCUAGUCGCUCGUGUCGCUCGCUCUGCUGUCGUCCUUCGGCCUCUCCCUGCAGCCCAACGAGGACUCCGCACUUCGAGCAUCCUCCGUGAUUCCGAGCCGUACCAGGCGAAGCCGCCCAAACAGAACCAGAACCAUAACAAAAUUCUCGUCGCUGGUGCUCUCGCUAUUGGCGGUGGGUUCUGGUGGUUCUACCGAGGGGGUAAGCCCAUCCUCGACGCGUCUGGUGAACCCAAGGCACCUACCAAGUAAAUACGAUAAAUGUUACGAGCAUCGUCUGGGAGUUCAACUGCGAAAACGACCCAGGUGAAAAGAUAUGAUGGCGAUGGCGAUGGCGACGGCGACGGCAAUAAGGGCAUGUGAAUAGGGAGGGACCUGUCAUUUCCUUUCUGGGCAGAGAGCUUCAGCCUGCAAAAUUACACCUUGAAUGGUGGAAUGUCUUGUUGGUGAAUACCCUCGACCAACAUUAUGCAUAAUAUCACCUUUAUUUGCGCCAUGCACAUAUAAAUCUCACUGUUUACUGCUUCGCACUGCUUUAUUUGAACCUACACCUCUGAGUUGCCCACCUGCGACUUUGAUGAUCUUAGCAUUACACAUAAAAUGCAUCCAAAUAACCCACUUCGCAAUACUACCAGGCUUCUUCUAGUACAUCUAUAUGUGAG